AUGCCACCCCAAGCUCUUCCCCGAGUCCUCUUCUUCGAUGUCUUUGGCACCGUCGUCGAAUGGCGCAACCCCGUCUCCAAAGCUCUCCAUGACGCAGCACAAAGCGCGCUCCAAGACCCAGAGAAGAAUCUCUCCGACCCCGUGCGCGCCAAAGUCUCGUCAAUGACUCAAUCAGACUGGCUCGACAUAACCGAGGAAUGGCGCGAGUCAUACCACCACUUCACCCAGAACCGCGAUCCAUCAAAGCCCUUCGUCCCCGUCGACGAACACCACUACUCGUACCUCCUCAAGCUCCUCCAAGCCCACGGUCUCGCGACCCUGUUCACCGACGCCCAGAGAUGGGAUCUCGCGCUGAGCUGGCACCGACUCACGCCGUGGCCCGAUACCGUUCACGGCCUGGAGCUGCUGAACCGCAAGUUCCGCACCUGCACCCUAUCCAACGGGAACGUGGCACUGCUGGAAGAUCUCUGUCGGUACGGCUCGUUGCCCUUCACGGAAGUGCUCAGUGCAGAGCACUUUGGGGCGUACAAGCCGUCGCCCAAGGUCUACGGCGGGGCCGGGGAGUGUGCGCUUGUGGCGGCGCAUCUGGGGGAUUUGAAGGGUGCCAAAGCCUGUGGGUUUCAGACGAUCUAUGUUGAGCGUCUGAAGGAGGAGACGUUGGACGUGGAGCAGGCACGGAAAGAGGGUUAUGUGGAUAUCUGGAUUGAUGCAAGCUGCGAUGGGUUUGUUGAACUUGCCAGGCGGUUUGGUGUUGAUACCGAGGCCAAGGUGUAG